GUUGCUUUGCUGUUCGCUUCUUCUUCGUUAAGGAGGGUAGGGAGCACGCUAAAAUAUGGCAGCCCCACUGGCUCAGAAAGAGUGUGAACUCGAGCUCUUUACUCUGCUCAAGUCAGCCAACCUGCUCGACUACUACCAGAGCUUCAUAGAACAAGGUGGCGAUGACAUCCAGCAGUUAUGCGACGCCAGCGAAGAUGAAUUUAAGGAAAUCAUUGCGAUGGUCGGCAUGUCGACUAAACCUCUCCAUGUGCGAAGGCUUCAAAAAUCCUUGGUCGAUUGGAAAGCGAGAAAAGCGCGCGCUGUAGCCGGAGACAAAACACCAGAGAAAAACAGUUCCUGGAUAGACUACUGGACACCAAGUCAGUCACCCAAUGUCUCUAGAGCUACAACUCCAGUUACCUCUGCUACUUUUGUGACUCCUGGAUCGCGUAAACGAUCCGGAUCUUCGAGCUCGGGUGGAAAAGAACCCGCGGAGAAAAGAGUGGUUGAGCUCAAACUACCUCCGAUGGACGUGAUCAUUGACUGGGAGAAGCUAGACCCCGAAAGACAAGCUCUGAUCAGGGAACACUCCAAAAUCUACGGAAGAGACGACAAAAAGCGGAAAACUUCAUCGCUGAAUUGCCACGAACAAAUGAUAAACGAAGCGGCUGCUCAACUGUGCCUGCGAGACCCGACCCUUCUUGUUCGACGAGAUGAGUUGUUUACAAUGGCGCGAAGGGUAGUGAGGGAAAGCGGGUUUACCUACGUGCAUGGCCACUCAAGGUCUAAGUUUGUAGGCCCCGAUUGCGAAGAGCUGACAGUUGAGGGUCUUGUGCAAGAUCUUGUACAACAAGGCAAGAAACCCAACCAAGCGCAGAUCAACAAGCUCAAGAGACUUGAGCGGUUGAAUGAUAUUGAUUCAUUGCUGGCCGCAAACAAGGAACAACAGGAAGAACUUGCAAGGAAGAUUGACGAGGCCAGGUCACUAGGGCAGGAGGUAAAUGAGCUAGAGUCAGAGCUGGUGAAAUUGCAGAGUGCUCAGGUUUCUUACCAAUUAGAGCAGAAAGAAUUGCGAAAGAAGCAACGGCGCUCUGAGCGCUACUAUAGCAACAAGGAAGGGAAGGAUGACCCUCAGGAGAUGGAUGACAGCAGACAUGAAAGUCAAGACUCUAGUGACGGUGUAAUGGAAGAUGUGACAUUUGUUGAAGAUUCUGUUGGCCAAGUCCAGGAAGAGAGAAAUGAAAGCAUCCAGACAGAAAACCCUGCAGCUGUCGUCACAGAAAUUCUCCCUUCUGCAUCAGAUUCAUCCUCAGCCACAACCUCCGUGGCCAUGCAACAGCAAGCAGAUACUGUGUCCGAUGCAGAGUCUUCUGUGCGUGCUCUCUACACAGCCUUCAUGCCUGGCCAGCUGUCAACAGAGGAAGCUCAGCAGGCCGCUGCCGCCAACAUGGCUGCCUUUCAGAGCCUUGCAUCUCGCACCCAGGUGCAGAACUUCCAAGGAGGCACUAGUGCGAUCACAGACCCCACCAUCAACGCCUUGCUCAGCUUAUCAGCUAAAGAUAAGAGUGGCGGGAUUGUGCAAGGUGUCAAUAUGCAUGGGGUGCCAAUAUCCGUUGCUGUGACUGGGCACCCUGGGUCGCAGUCCUCUGUGCUGACGACACCAAACAUCACCGUCGUGAUGCCAGCAGGUCACCCUUUGCCAGCCAACAUGCAGUGGACAUGAUGGUCCAGGAAGUGCCAGGAAGAUCAGGAAAUGUCCUCUAAUUCGUGGAAAGUGACGUUCCUAUUAUUGUCUUCUUACAAUUGAAGAGAAGUGUUUGUGUGUAAAUAGAGAAAACAGGAGCCUAGUGUUGUAGAAUUUUUAACCAACUGGAACCCGAGGAACCCUUUGAUAAUUUUAAUGAUUCAUCAAAACUUUAUUUACAUGUUAUCAUCAUGAUAAGAUGACCCCUUCAUAUCGCUUUGUCUUUGUUGGACUGCUUCCGCUGAAAGAACUACAGUGUUCUCAUCCACACUUUGUAUUAUAGCGGUAUUAUUCUCUUAGGAAAAUCACACUGUAGGUUACAUUGUACAGACGACACUUUCUUAAACCAAAAACUCUAAGCGAAAUAUAGAUAUCGUAAACCAUCAAGUUUGACAUCAUUUAGAUAGUACAUAUGUAGAAAAUUUGUCAAUUAAAAGCAAAACAUGAUA